AUGAGCAACACAUUAUUCACCAACAUAACUGUCGCGGGAGGCACUGGAGCUUUGGGUUUUCAUAUAGCUGAAGCCUUGCUGAACGAUGGAUCAUUUAAAGUGAAGAUUCUUCGGAGAUUGCCAGAAACCCCAAAUGAGAAAGCCGACUUGUUGGCAUCCAAGGGUGCAGCAAUUGUCUACGCCUAUUAUAAUCAGCAUGAUAGUCUUGUCAAAGCCCUUAGUGGAACUGAUGCUCUAAUCAGCACUGCAUCUCCUGGAGUUGCCAAGGGCGGUUAUGAUUUUGACACUCUUCAAACUCCAUUGUUGAACGCUGCUAAAGCUGCUGGUGUUAAAAGAUUUAUUCCAUCUGAAUUUGGUAUGGAGGCUGAAGUUGGUGAUCAUCUGGUAACCGAUACCAAAAUCUCGUUCCGUGAGAAGGUUGAACAAAGCGGACUGGAGUACACCUAUAUUGAAUGCGGGUUGUUUGCAGAAUAUAUUGGCUGGGUCGGGUUUGAUAUCAAAAAUAAGACCGCCAAAUUUUACGCAGACGGCAACACCAUAUUGGCCGCUACUUCUUUGUCAGAUAUCGGCAAAUAUACCGUUGAAUCUCUUAAAUUGGAAGAAAGUCGUAACGCCACUAUCCGGGUUGCUGGUUCGAGAUUUUCACUAAACGAGAUACUUAAAACAUUUGAAGAAACUACCGGUUCUAAAUGGGAAGUUGUUGUAGAUAAAGAAGUAAAGCAUAGAUUUCAGAAUAAGAUUGAUCCAGUUCCUUCAUCAACGGAUUUGCUUAUAGCCACCAUUUCGGAAAGAUCAGCGUUCGAAAAUAUUGAUAACGACAAGUUUAGUUUCAGCCCUCGCUCCCUCGUUGACACUAUCAGAGCGCUUGUUUAG